UCUCGCAUCCCCAUUUUACGUAUUGAGGAGCUACUGUACCUGUCCCAACAGCAUGCGUGUAGGUAUAGGGUAUCGCAUAAUUAGAGGUCUGGCUACAGCAUGCGCAAAUCCACACUUCUCUCUCUUCCUCGCAUAUUCUGGACAACGAUCAUACUUUCCCUUUCGUCCGUUCCCUUCCUCUGGCCACCCUAUUUCGCCCACGGCGGCGAUCGAUCUGGAGAUUCCGGGGCCCUCCUGCAAACGGUGCCGGUCGGGUAGCAGGGGGUGUUCUCAUCACGGUAAGCGCCGCCGGCAGAAUCGGCGGUCCGAAUCUCCAGGAACCGGCGAUUCCACCUCAACGACUCCCACAUCUGUGCGAAGAUGGCGUACACUCCUUUGGAUACCCUCAAAUGGGUUGUAAAGGAAAUGGAGAUGAACUCGGUCGAGGUUAGGCAGACGGUUGGUCAUCCUACCAACUCAUCUUAUGAACUCCAGCAGCUUAUUGACAAGAUCCUAGACUUAUCGGAUUGGUUGGACAUGGUUGCCAUUCAAUGUGCAUAAGUUAUUACCAAUUACAACCCACCCCCUCACCCACUACAGAAGAGUUAGAAGUUGCCGAGGAAUUUGGACGAGAGCCUCCUUCAUAAUCUUCAAUUCGAAUAGGUUCCAUGCCAUGCUCGUACUCAGUGCCCAUAUUGUGUAGAAUGAUAACACAAUCAACAAUGAAUUUGAGAUCAAUGGGGUUCCAAUUGCGAGCAUGAUUCUUUAUAAUUUGGUAUUUGUCUUGUAAGACUCCAAAUGCUCGUUCCACGUCCUUUUGGUACUCAUCAUGUUUGGCGGUAAAAUACUUGUGCUUAUUGCUAAAUGGGCAAGAGAUAGGUUAAAUCAAAGUAGUCCACGACAGAUAAAUGCCGUCAGCAAGGUAGUAAGCCAUAUGGUAUUGUUGACCAUUCAGUUGGUAACUAACCGAAGGACCAACUCCAUUGGCUAAGUUGUCGAAGACUGGUGAAUGAUGCAGGACGUUAAUGUCAUUGCAAGAUCCAGGCAUUCCAAAAAAUGCAUGCCAAAUCCAAAGGUUAUGGCUUGCAACAGCCUCUAGAAUCAAUGUAGGUUUCUUGUAGUAACCUCUGUACUGACCUUGCCAGGUCGUGGGGCAAUUUUCCCACUCCCAGUGCAUGCAAUCAAUACUUCCGAUCAUACCUGGUGUUGGGGGCCUUCGGCUUACGAAGGUCCUCAAAAACAGGAUUUAACAGUAUUUCUGGAGCAUAAUGUGUGAACAGGUACCUUCGGGCUCGAGUCGGAAUCACAGUAGGAGAAGCCUAAAAUAAUACGAAGGUUGAUACAGCGCCAAAGAUGUGAGCGGGAAAGCUUCGGCGUGCUAGCAGAAAAUGAAACCGACUUAAAGAUAAAAAGGCUAUUCAGACCUCGGCGGAUUACUAUAGAAUUAUUACCAAAUGUAAUGGGCAUGAAUGUAAUUUUGUAUGAGCCGUGUCCCGUGUCUAUAAAUAGGUGAACAGUACCCCCGUACUGUUCACGCUGAUUUUGCAUUUUGCCUUUGCGUCACACCUGUACUUUCAUUUCCUUCCAAGCUGAAGCAUUUGAGAACAAGUCUCCAACAUUGGCGCCCACCUCCGGUGAACUCACUUCCACUCUUUGAGUUUUUGAACACCUUCGGCGAUCAUAAACCUUCGCUAUGGCGCCGAAGAAAGCUUCAGCAACUGGGGCUGCAGCUCUCCAACCGCUGGACCACAAUCAGGAGACUGUCUCCCUUCGGGAGGCCCGAAGCCAGAAAAGGAAGGUUGUUAGCCCGACACCGCCAGAGGAUGAGAUAGACCAAGAAAUUAGAGACAUGGAGAUGCUUCAUCAACAGGUGCAGUGGAAGAAGGAAAAGAUGGCCAGGCUAGCUGAAUUACAAAGGCAGAUAGACGAAGCCUCUGAAGAAGUUCGUCAUCUUACUCAGGAUGAGCAACACCGAAGGCCUCAGCAACAAGACCUUCAUCAGGAGGGUUUCCUCAAUGAAGAUGACUGGUAUGACAAUUUCCAUCAUGGGAAUUUUGUUUUUGAUGAUGCUUCUCCUCUGUCCGCUGAGCUGCAGGCUACGCCUUGGCCUCCGUCCUACAAGCCGCCUCAGCUUCCCAUAUUUGAUGGCCACUCAGACCCGAAGCAGUUUUUGAUGAGCUACGAAGCAACAGUAUCUUCGUAUGGUGGCAAUACUGCAGUCAUGGCCAAAUCUUUUGUUAUGGCUGUCAGGAGUGUUGCUCAAACCUGGUACUCCUCCCUUCGACCAGGAACGAUCACUUCAUGGCAAAAGCUGAAGGACUUGUUGUUAACCAGCUUCCAAGGGUUUCAGACGAAGCCAGUCACUGCUCAAGCUCUAUUCCAAUGCACUCAAGAUCACGAAGAGUACCUUCAGGCGUACGUCCGGAGGUUCUUGCGUUUGAGGGCACAGGCACCAACAGUGCCCAACGAAAUUGUCAUUGAAGCCAUGAUCAAGGGGCUUCGGCCAGGACCUUCAGCUCAGUACUUCGCUAGGAAGCCCCCUCAAACUUUGGAGAAGCUGCUCCAGAAGAUGGACGAGUACAUUCGGGCCGAUAAUGAUUUUCGCCAAAGAAGGGAGGAGGCUUUUAGGUUUUCUGAAAUGACCAGGGGCUUCGGAGGGAGGUUCUAUCCGAGGCACGUUAGAUCAAUUCAUAAUUCUAUCCAAAAUGAUGAUAGGGGAAGCCAACAGCAAAGGCCACAGUGCUCCUCACAGGCUUCGGGGCAACAGCAAGGCUCCUUCCGACCACCAGCUCCGAGAGGCAGAGGCGCCAGGGGCUUCGGCGGAAGAUUUGGCGAUCAACCAAGAAGAAUUUUUUGCUUGUUCUGUGGUGAGAACAAAGGUCAUACCACUAGAAUGUGCCAUGUUACCAUCCAGAAGCAAAAGGAAAUAGCCGAAGCGGCAGCACAACAGGCCCAGCCGAAGCAGGUCAUGCACACUGCUUCGUAUCAUUCGCCUUACAUCCCAGAAUAUGUAGGCAACCACCAUGCAGUUUCUGUUGCUUCGGCAAGUCAGCCUCAAGCUUCCUGGCAACAGCCUCCACCUCCACCACCGAUGCAACAAGGCCAGCAGCCAGAAGGGAGCCAAUAUGCUCCACACCAAAGGGACUUCAGAGAACAGUCCGAAGCUCGCACAGUCAACAGCACUGUGCCAGAGUCAAAGCACAUCUAUUGACAAAUAUCCUACCUUGAUAGCGGUCUUUAUCAUUCAGUUUUAUUUUUCUGUGUAAUAAAGGACAUUGUUUAGAUUUCAUGUAAUAGUUUCGUUGUUUACCACAAGGAAAAUAUAUUUUUCCACAGGCUUAAGUUGUUGAAGCUUAAAGAUUUGCGCUAACAAAGAGGACCUUCGAAUUAUUAAAAAUUCUUCGAAGCAACAAAAAGUCGUUCUAAGGAACGCAGAGUAAGUUUGCCGAAGUCACAAAAAGCCGCUCCAAAGGGAGCGCAGUGUAAGUUUUCUGCUCCAAAGUCGUUCCAAAGGGAAUGCAGAGCUUACAGCGAAAAGUCAACGCUGAUACCGCCUAAGUAAAAGGCGAAGCGCGAAAAGUCAACGCGAAUACCGCUGAAAGUAAAAGGCGAAGAAGCUCCUAAGGGAGGCUUACAGCGAAAAAUAAACGCUGAUUCCGCUGAAGUAAAAGGCGAAGAAGCUCCUAAGGGAGGCUUAUAGUAAAAAGACAAUGCUGAUUCAAAAAGAUUAUGUGUUUUAUCGCAGGAAUGUGUGUGUAUCUUCGGAAUAAACACCAUCUUGCAUAACAUAACAUCAUCGCAUCAUUUCGCAUAGCAUAAGCAUCAUACAUCAUGCUGCAUAUGGCACAAGAAGGGGACUCGAUAUCGAUCUUCGGAAGAAUGUUUUGAAAAAAGGGGAAAAUCAUGCUAAGUCGCAAGGAGAUACACUAUUGAUCUUCGGAAGUGUAGCUUCGGAAAAUAUCUUCACGAAGCUUGGAUAUUAUUCAUCAGAACAAUACGGAUAUUGUUGUGACAAAUGAAAAUUCUUCUUCACGAAGCAUGAAAAGAAGGGAAGAUGUUUUUUCGUCAGACUCAAAAACGGUACGUAUGUAAAAUUUCAUGCAUCGUAAAGAAUAAAACAAUAAAAGCAGGUAUAUUACAUUCAGGGCUACAAGAUGUCACACAUGUUACAUUUCAGAAGUUUUUACAAUAGUAUUUAAUCUUCUCUCAGAACAACUUCUGCAGCCUCAUUCAGGAGCCGAUUAACAUCUUCGUCCAUGAUAGCUUCAGCCAUCUUCUUAAUUUCGUCGUCUCCUUUCGGGUGAGAGCCCGGAGACGCUUUAGCAGGAUCUGAAGGAGGACAGGAUACGACUACAAUGCUAUUACAAAUUGCGAACGAAGUUUAAAACCAAAAAUUACAACACAAUAAAAACCAUUAGUUAAUACCUAGUUGCCCUUCGGGCUCUGCGCUCUUCUCAGCAGCCUCAGCUACUUCUCUAGCGUCGUGAAUGCCCUUCUCGCUUUUCUGGAUAAUUUCUCGAGCCAUUUCUCGGCCACCAUUAUCCCAAACAUCGGUGAAAAAUUUUCCACCAACCAUGCUAGCUUCGGCUGAAGGAUCUCUCGCAUCUUCAAAGGACAAGGUGGCUUCGGAUUGCGCUAAAAUCUUUACAUGAUCACAACCCUUUUUCUCCAAAAUGGUGGCAAUCCCCCUGGCACCCGAGAAAGCACAUAUGUCUCCGCGGCUAUUUAAAAUUUCCUCGAAGGCCUCAGCUUCGUGAUUAAUCCAUUCGAUGGCACCUUCGGGGUUGCCUCUUGUAAAGUUUUCUUCGCUCGAGAAUGCGCCGACGCUGGCGAAGCUAGCUUUCAACUUCUUAACACAUUCCAUAGAUUUGUUAUAGCAUCUUUUCUUGGACGAGCGAAGCUUUUCAACAGUUUCCUCUAAAUGAUUUGCCCAUUGGUCGCUGAGUUCUCGCUUCGUUUCUUCAAGUAUGCGUUCCUCUUUGGCUCUGGCCAGUUGUUUCCGAAGAUCUUCAAUUUCACGCUUCUGAGCCUCAGCUUGACCUUUAAACGUAGCUUCGUCUUCUUUUAUUCUAUUUAUCAAUGAAUGCAAUAUUUUAUCUUUUUCGAGACCUUCGUUCCGCAGUUCAAUUACUUCGGAACGAAGGUUGCUCAGGGCUAUAGCGCACCCUUCGUCUUCGGCAUCUUUUUGGGCCCUGAGGGCAUUGCUAAGUAUCAGACCCUGCAAAGAAAAAUAUGUGUGCGUCAAUAGAUUUAGGAAAACGAAAAAUUUUGGUCUCAACAAAAAAUACAAAGAUCCCAUUUGUUGCACCUUUAAGCUAUUAUAUGCCAGGCUGUCGGCCAGGUCGUUUUUCGACAGCACCGAGAGCCCGUCUUCUAGAGUUGGGAAUCCGAAGCUCUUGCUCAUCUCCCGACAGACAGAAAUCUCCUUGCUGUCAGGGAGACAAUACAAAAAGUCUUCUUCCCCACUGCCAUUGAAUAUUAACGCCCCCUUUGGAUACUUUAGUUUUUGGGCGUAAAGCUAGGCCUCUUGCUUUUCUUUUUCUGAUAAUUUUUUCCCUGAAGCAUGUCGAACAAUAUAAUCAAGGACUUUUGGGGAUGCUUUGGGGGCAAUAGCACUGAUUUCUUCAACAAGGAUUUGCUCUGUUACUUUUUCUUCCUCGGUUUCCAAGGAUUUUACCUUCAUGGGCUCUGAGGGCCCAGCUUCAGCUUCAGUUUCUUGCUCUGGAGCCUUUGUAUCAGAAAUUUCAGUUUUCGCUUCGGGAAUGGCAACAGUUUUCUUCGGAGGUGUGCUUGAGGAUUUAAUUGUUUCCAGAACAUCUAGCACAUUGACCAUUCUUUUUCUUUUUGGAGUCACCGAUGGCACCUUUUGAUUUUUUAUUGUCUCAACAUUUGCUGAAGGACUUAAAACUUCUGAUAUUUUUGAUCCCUCAGUUGGUCCUUUUAUUUCUUCCAUUUUUUCUGUCGAUGGCGCCUCGGCCAUCUCUUUGGUUUCUGGUAGCAAAGUCUUUGGUUCUUCCAAUUCUAUCCUUGUUGGCGCUUCAGCCAUUUCUGCGACUUCUGGCAGCAAGGUUGGCUUGGUUGGUUUUUCAGCUUCGGUGGCCGAAGGAGUCUCUCCGGUGAGCUCAGGCACCGAGGCUGGUUCAAUAUAGCGUGGCUGAUGUGUGAGGACCUUUAUCCUUUUUCUUUUCGGUUCUGGCUCGCUAGGAGCAGUUGCAGCUUCUUCUUUCGCAGAGGUUGUGUUUUUUCUUUUCUGCCCUCGAAUGGGAUAAUGAUAGUCAGGGUAGAUAAACCCGAUUGCGUCAAACACUCGGUUCAGCCUUUUCUUUUUUCGACCUCCGAAGGCUGCUGACAAUGCAGUAUCUUCAGCCUUCGAGUAAACCCCAAGCAGCUCAUCACUUAAAUUUUCAAUGCUUUUUAGCCAGUCAUCAUCUGGCUCAACGAAUUUAUCUCCAAACUUGAAAGUAUACAUCAGCCUAAUAAGGCCACCUUCGUCAGCCUCCUUUAUGGCCUCUUGCGGCAUUUCCCAUUUCUCCGCGAGCGGCCAUACUCUGAAGGCAAUAUGCUCUUGUACCAAAUCUCUCGUUCCAAUAAAAGAGCAAAUAACACCGAAGGCUCUCUGGCAUUCUUCGGCAGCUUCGUUCAUUUCAACCUUCGACCUCCGCAGGCCGAAGCUUUGCCAAAUAGGGCGCAUAAUUACACCCUUGAUAUCUUCCCGUACU